GUGGUGCGGGCGGCAGCGCGCAGCCAUCUUGCCGUACGGCUCGGCCGCGGCCCACGUCCCGAGCUGUGUCGCCGCGCUCCCUCGGGGCGGGUCGGACCAGCGGGCGGGCGGCAAGGACCGGAGCCUGGCGGCGCCCACGACCGAGGCCCGCAAUGGUGAUCUGCUGCGCGGCGGUGAACUGCUCCAACAGGCAGGGCAAAGGCGAGAAGCGCGCUGUCUCCUUCCACAGGUUCCCCCUAAAGGAUUCCAAACGACUGAUCCAGUGGUUAAAAGCCGUUCAGAGGGAUAAUUGGACCCCCACUAAGUAUUCAUUCCUCUGUAGUGAGCAUUUUACCAAAGACAGUUUCUCCAAGAGACUGGAGGACCAGCAUCGCUUGCUGAAGCCCACAGCUGUGCCCUCUAUUUUCCACCUGUCGGAGAAGAAGAGGGGGGCUGGAGGCCAUGGCCAUGCUAGGAGGAAGACCACAGGGACCAUGAGGGGCCACACAAGCGCAGCGACAGGGAAAGGAACCAUCGCGUCCUCACUGCCCUCAAGUGAUACCUCCAUGGCCAAGCCUGAGUCCCGAAAGUUGAAGCGAGCUUCUUCACAGAGUGAUGCAACCCCCAAGGCCACCCCAGGUGCUGUGAGUCAGGAGCAGGGGCAGUCUCUGGAAAGAACUCCAGGAGCUGGACUGGCCGCCCCACUGACUAGCAGCCGGGUAGAUGCAGAAGUGUCUGCUACAGAGGCUGACCACCAGAAGGCCUCUUCCUCCGAUGACGCAGGCGGGGCAGACAAGAGCGGCAUCUCCAUGGACGACUUCACACCCCCAGGGUCUGGAGCUUGCAAGUUCAUUGGCUCACUUCAUUCUUAUAGUUUCUCCUCCAAGCACACUCGAGAGAGGCCAUCUGUACCCCGUGAGCCCAUUGACCGAAAGAGGCCGAAGAGAGAGAUGGAGCCAAGGUGCAGUGGGAAUAGUGUGGCCCAGAGUCCCCCAAGUUCCUCGCUUACAGCAACCCCUCAGAAGGCUUCCCAGAGCCCCUCCGCCCCUCCGACUGAUGUAACCCCAAAGCCAGCUGCAGAAGCUGUGCAGAGUGAGCACAGUGACGCCAAUCCCAUGUCCAUCAACGAGGUCAUCCUGUCGGCCUCGGGGGCCUGCAAGCUCAUCGACUCCCUGCACUCCUACUGCUUUUCGGCUCGGCAGAACAAGAGCCAGGUGUGCUGUCUGCGGGAGCAGGUAGAGAAGAAGAACGGAGAGCUCAAGAGCCUUCGGCAGCGGGUCAGCCGCUCCGACAGCCAGGUUCGCAAGCUGCAGGAGAAGCUGGAUGAGCUGAGGAGAGCCAGUCUCCCCUACCUCCCCUACCUAAGUGGCCUGCUGCCCCCCAGCCACGAGCCUCCCAAGAUGAACCCAGUGGUGGAGCCGCUGUCCUGGAUGCUGGGUACCUGGCUAUCCGACCCGCCAGGAGUUGGUACCUUCCCGACACUGCAGCCCUUCCAAUACCUGGAGGAGGUGCACAUCUCCCAUGUGGGCCAGCCUAUGCUCAACUUCUCGUUCAACUCGUUCCACCCAGACACACACAAGCCAAUGCACAGAGAGUGUGGCUUCAUCCGCCUGAAGCCCGACACCAACAAGGUGGCCUUUGUCAGUGCCCAGAACACAGGUGUUGUGGAGGUGGAGGAGGGUGAAGUGAACGGGCACGAGCUGUGUAUCUCAUCCCAUUCCAUCUCCAGGAUCUCCUUUGCCAAGGAGCCCCAUGUGGAGCAGGUACUUAAUGCUAUGAACUUUCCUCUUAGAACUGCCUUCAUUUUGAUGUGGAAUUCUGUCUCCUACUUGGUUUGAUCUGUUGACAGGGUUUCUUGGGCUGGAGAGAUGGCUCAGAGGUUAAGAACACUGGCUGUUCUUGCAGAGGUCCUGAGUUCAAUUCCCAGCAACCACAUGAUGGCUCACAGCCAUGUAUAAUGAGAUCUGGUGCCCUCUUCUGGCCUGCAGGCAUACAUGGAGGCAGAAUGUUGUAUACAUAAUAAAUAAAUCUUAAAAAAAAAAAAAAAAGACAAGGUUUCUCUGUGUAGCCUUGGCUGUCCUGAACUCACUCUGUAGACAAGGCUGCCCUCAAACUCAGAGAUCUACCUGCCUCUGCCUCCCAAGUGCUGGGAUUAAAGGCCUAGGGCAUUAUGCUCAGCUGAUGAUUCAGUCUUAUUUAUCCAUUCAUCAUUGAUGAACCGCAGGGUAUUGCUAUCUUGGGGCUACUUGAAAUAAUUUUGAUCUGCCUAAUGCACAUUUUAAGCGUACCUUCGUAUUCUGUGUUUUUGAAGCUACUUUCAGAAUCCUCAGAACUCCUUUCCAGAGCUUUGUAGAGUAGGGAACAAGGUGGAUUAUUUAACAUUUGUCCUGCUAAUACCUUAGGACUCACGAUUUUGACAAGCUGGCUCCAUUACCCCCACCUGCAGGCCUCUCCCACCACCACGGAGCCCAAAAGUUCCUGCUGUUCCCCAGGCCCAACCAGCUGUACCUCUGACAGCUCUUGUCGGACUGUGCAGUCUGAACUUAAUUGAGAUACUUAAUCACACUGUAAAGAUGGGUUGCUGUGAUUGCUGUAAUAAAAAGCUGACGCCAGUAGCUAGGCAGGCGAGGAAAGGCAGGACUUCCAGACAGAGAGAGGAACUGGGAGGAGGCAUCUAGGCACAUAGAAGCUGCCAUCGAGAAACUGAAGAAGUUGGAAUACAGUGCAGAGGAGAGGUAACCAAGCCACGUGGCAGAACAUAGAUGAAUAAAAACAGGUUAGUUUAAGUCAUAAGAGCUAGUUGGGGAAAAACCGAAGCUUAGGCCAAGCUUUCAUAGCUAAUAAGUCUCACGUUGUUAUUUGCUGGCUGGUGGUCCAGGUAGUCCCAAAAGAAAAUCCAGCUACAGUCCUGCUUGAGUAGCUGUAGACAGUGGUCCAGGCCCACCCACACUGACAAGGGUUCGGAGGCCUGGUGUGCCAGCCUCCUGGAAGGUACUCAAGUGGUCACCCUCUGGAACAGUAUUCUAGCCUGCGUCCCUCGGCCUGCCAGUAGAGUGGGGCAGCCUCGGGAAGUUGUACAGACGGACCAUUCCUCCUGAGCCUUGUUCUUUUACGCCAUGACGUUCUUUCUGUAAUUUGGAUAGAUACCUUUUAUGAUUUAGAUAGACACAUUGUGUGAGUGAUGAGUGCUGUGGACCACAAAUAGCUUUUCAGUUUGUAUUUUACCUUUUAUUUGGUCGGGAUGGUUUUGUUUUGUUUGUUUUUUUGCUUGUUUGUUUUUGAGACAGUCUCACAUAACCUGACAUAUGUAAGGCUUCCUGCUUCCAACUUAGAAGAGCUAAAAUUAUAGGACUAUGCCUCCAAAUCCUGCCAUAGGCUCUAUUCUUAGAAUGCUUUAUUGAAUAGUUUUUAUGUACUAAUCAAGAAAACUGUGAACUAUUUUUCUGUAAGUUUUGCAGUUUAAAUGAAGUCUUUCCUUUGGGUCAUUGAUCCGUGGAGGCUGAACUAUGUGUGCAGUGGGGCACAGUCUUCUCUCCAGGUGACAUCCACCUACCCUGUCCCCUACUGAAGAGAUACCCACCCUGCUACUCCCAGUACCAGCUCUGCCUCCUGACCAUCCUUUUUCUCUCUCAGUUCAAAGUAAUCUGCGGACCUCACAUUGGUUCCAAACUGGUACCAUAAUGUCUUGAUUAUUUGGGCUUAAUAGAUUUUGUUAUUUGCUGUGGAAUAAUACUUCUGUAUACUGUGUGAAUAUAUGUCGCUAUGAUUGGUUUAAUAAACAAGUUGACUGGCCAAUAGCUGAACAGGAUUAAGUUAGGUAGGAAAGCCAAACUGAGAAUGAUGGGAUGAGGAAGGGUGGAGUCAGAGCAGUUGCCAGCCAGACGCAGAGGGAACAGGAGAUGAACAUGCCAUGUUAGUAAAGGUACUGCCGUGUGGCAGAGAGUAAAUAAAGAAUAUGGGUUAACUUAAAAUGUAAGAGCUGGUUAGUAAUAAGCCUGAGCUAUUGGCUGAGCAUUUAUAAUUAAUAUAAGCCUCAGUGUGUUUAUUUGAGAGUGACUGUGGAACAGGAAAACUCCACCUACAAUUAUUGUUUAUUUAGGUGUUUGUAUUUGUUUUUUAAGAUUCAAUUCUAGGCCAAGUGGUGGUGGUGCAUGCCUUUAAUCCCAGCAGAGGCAGGUGGAUCUCUGAAUUUUGAGGCCAGCCUGGUCUACAGAGCAAGUUCUAGGACAGCCAGGGCUAGAGAGAGAGACACUGUCUCAGGAAAACAAAAACAAAAUGACACAAGUUGAGACUUUGCGUAAGGUCCCCUCACCACAGAGCAGUUCUUGAGCUGGACUCCCUGGUCUGUUUCUGCUUGGUCUUGCCCCCCAGCUCUUGUGCAGCACUGGGCUGGGAGCCAGUGGGAGCCAGGUGAUGUUUUCAACUAGACAGGCUCCAAAUCCAAGAAAGCCCUCGAGUCCUUCCUGGGCCAACAGGUAGUCGUGGAAGUGGGGUGCCACCUCCGCCUCUUCCCUCCUUGUUUCCAUGGUGCUUCCUGGUACCCUGAAAGAACUGUUUUUUUGUGACAGGGUCUCAAGCGUCCCAGACUGGCCUUGAACUCAUGUUACUCCUACCUCUACCUCCCAGGUACUGGGAUUACAGGUGUGCAGCACCACAUCCAGUUUAUUUAAGCUGGGGAUCUAACCCAGGACUUCAUGCAUAAAAGCAAGCACUCUACCAAUUGAACUCCAUCUUCAGUCCCUAAAGAGACUUUUAAUUGGUUUUUCUGUUUUUACAUUUAUUUGUGUGUGUCUGUGUACACGUCUGGUCCUCUGAUAGAGAGAGCAGUAAGUGCUUUUAACCACUGGGCCAUCUCUUCAGCCCCUCUAACUAAACUUGUAGUGACUGACAUUUUUAUCUUUUUCUCAGCAAAAGGGUUGAGAGUCCAAGUAAUGGGUGUGGCAGAGGCAGCCGGUGGUCCUGGCACUCUGAAGUGUUAGGCCCUUAGAGAGUUGAUUAGACAUUCAUUUAUCCUGUGGUCACACUGUGUCCACAAGCAUUCCACACAGGAGGGCUAUGAUUCAGGACGUGACUCAGGAUCUCUUCAUCUUCUUGUGGGAAGAGCCAUAUGAUAUAAUAGACCAGUGGUCCCUAAGUGCUGGCCCCAACUCCUGCAAGAACACAUUUGUUAUGGUUUAAGGCUCAGAUGGAAGUGGAGAUUGUAGCCAGCAGAACAUCAUCAAAUAUUAACAGACUAAACAAUAGGCCACUUCUGGAAAGCCGAACUCAUACCAACCCUGUGUCUACCUGUUGCUUGGGAGAAGUGGCUGGUGUGUCCCAUGGUGGUUCACGCCCAGAGUCUCAACCUUGGUGGGGUAUUUUCCUGCUUACAGACCUGUGACCAGUGACCGACACAGGUGGAUGGACGCUCCCGUGUUUGGUCAGUGUGUGUUUCUGUUUUUCCAAAACAAAACCGAGGCUAGCUUGGAACUCGUGUAGCCACGCUGACCUAGAAUUUGAGCUAGUUCUCUUGUCCCAGCCUGCUGAGUGCUGGGAUGAUAGGCGUGCGCCGCCACACCCGGCUCUUGAUGAUACUCUGAAGGUGUAAACAUAAGUGCUUUGUUUUGUUCUC